AUGCCGCCGGUUCCGUGCGAGGUCUGCAAGGUCUCGCGAGCAGCGGUCAUUCGCCCCAAGAACUCGCAGAAAAUCUGCAAGCAAUGCUUCAUAUCGGUCUUCGAAGACGAGAUCCACGAAACCAUCGUGAGUAAUAAUUUAUUCCGCCGUGGAGAACGAGUCGCCAUCGGAGCCUCCGGUGGCAAAGACUCAACGGUCCUGGCUUCAGUAUUGAAGACACUGAACGAACGCCACGACUAUGGACUAAAUCUUGUGCUCUUGUCCAUUGACGAGGGUAUCAAAGGGUAUCGAGACGACAGCCUGGAAACAGUGAAACGAAAUGCGGAGCAAUACGACAUGCCGCUUGAAAUCGUGGGCUACGACCAGCUCUAUGGUUGGACCAUGGAUCAAGUCGUGGCGCAGGUAGGCAAGAAGGGAAACUGCACCUACUGUGGCGUCUUUCGCAGACAGGCACUGGAUCGAGGGGCUGCAAAGCUGGGCAUCAAGCACGUCGUCACGGGCCACAACGCGGACGAUGUCGCUGAAACCGUCAUGAUGAACCUGCUGCGUGGUGACCUGCCGAGGCUCGCCAGAGCGACUUCUAUUGUGACCUCGAGUGCGGCUAGCGCGAUCAAACGAAGCAAACCCUUGAAGUACGCAUACGAGAAGGAGAUUGUUUUAUAUGCGCACCACAAGAAGCUGGACUACUUCAGUACGGAAUGCAUUUAUUCGCCCGAGGCGUUCAGGGGCAGUGCACGAACAUUGAUCAAAGAUCUGGAAAAGAUAAGGCCGAGCAGUAUCCUGGAUAUCGUCAGGAGUGGGGAGGAUAUGGCUGCACUUGUUCCCCCAGAAGUCGCAGGAUCCGCAUCCUGUGCGGCGGGUGGCGAGACAAAUGGGUGUGGAAGUCGCAGCGAGAAUGGCGACUCGAUGGCUCAGAUGGAGCAGACUCUCGUCGCCAAUGAGGCCGCCGCUGGACAGGAGACCGAAAUCAGACUACCAACUACGAAAGCCAACGGUCAAGUGAGCGCCCACGACAAGAAACAGCGAGGACGGCGAAAGGUGGUCAAACAAGUCAUGGGCCAGUGUGAGCGGUGUGGUUACAUGUCGAGCCAGAAGAUCUGCAAAGCUUGCACACUGCUGGAAGGUCUCAACAAAAGCCGACCCCAUACUGCGAUAGAGGUGGACGUGGAAGAGGAGGAGGGGAGCACAACUCUGAUGAGGCAGGUCGCAGACAUUGCCAUCGUUGCAGGAUGA